CAGAAGACAACAUUGCACCAUUCUUGCAUGAAACCAACUGGAACACAAGAUGAUUCGACUUUAAGUGCUAUUUCCCACAAAUUAUCUCUGCAUCCAAUUUGAAGAUAGACAAGCAAGGAGACUACAGCGUGCGGGAAGAUUCCACACUUGUGCAAGGAGAACUCAUUUAUCCAUUAGUCAACCCGCUGAUUUUUUGCAACCGACCAGAAUAAACGAACAGGUGAACAAUGACGAGCUUCCUCCUCCUUGGCCUUCUUUGCUUGUUUCUGCAGCCUGCCGAGGCUCAAUUCCCCCGAGUGUGCUGCACAGUGGAGGGGAUCCUGUCCAAGAGGUGCUGCCCAGUUUUGGGCUCCGAUCCUGGUAAUGUAUGCGGCACCUUGACGGGGAGAGGAAACUGCACCGCUGUUCGGGUGGACACCAAACCCUGGGGAGGACCAUACAGACUAAGAAACGUUGAUGACCGGGAAAGAUGGCCCACCAAAUUUUUCAACCAGACUUGCAGAUGCAAUGGAAACUUUGCUGGCUUUGACUGUGGUCAAUGCAAAUUUGGCUGGACAGGACCAAAUUGCGACCAAAGGAAAGCUCCCGUUGUACGAAAGAACAUCCACUUGUUGACGCCUGUGGAGCGCCAGGAGUUUCUGAAUGCCCUGGCACAAGCUAAAACCACCAUACACCCAGACAAUAUGAUCGCCACCCAGCAUUGGCUGGGAGUCCUAGGGCCAAACGGAACUGAGCCCCAAUUUGUUAACAUCACCAUCUACGACUUCUUUGUUUGGCAACAUUACUACUCGGUCAGAGAUACUCUACUUGGUCCUGGCCGCCCCUUCAAAGCCAUUGAUUUCUCACACAAAGGACCAGCAUUCAUCACCUGGCACAGAUACCACCUUCUCAGCUUUGAACGAGACAUGCAGAGGCUGACGGGCAACGACCAGUUUGCGGUCCCUUUUUGGAACUUUGCCACAGGGCAAAGUGACUGUGACGUGUGCACGGAUGCUCUCCUAGGAGGCCAAAACCCUGAAAACCCCUCCCUCAUCAGUAACCAAUCUAGAUUUUCCAACUGGAGUGUGGUGUGUAACAGUCUAGAUGAUUACAAUCGCCUGGUGACUCUUUGCAAUGGUACCAGUGAGGGUUUGAUCCAGAGAGGUGUCAUGAGAGGUAACACAACCAUGCCCACAAUGACUGAUGUUCGAAGCUGCCUUGGCAUCAGGGAUUUUGACAGCCCUCCGUACUUCACCAACUCUUCUUUCAGUUUUAGAAACGCCCUUGAAGGCUACGAUAAACCAAACGGAGAACUUGAUGAAACAGUCAACAACCUUCACAACCUCGUCCACGCUUUCCUCAGCGGAACCAGCGCUUUACCUCACUCUGCAGCCAAUGACCCCAUCUUCCUGGUUCUCCACGCUUUCACCGAUGCUAUUUUUGAUGAAUGGAUGAGGAGGUUUUCUCCGUCAAAUGCCACCUUCCCCGACGAAAUGGCCCCCAUCGGUCAUAACAGCGACUACAACAUGGUUCCGUUCUUUCCUCCCAUCACAAACGAAGAGAUCUACAUCCCAUCGGAGCAGCUGGGAUAUUCCUAUGCCAUUGACUUUCAAGAUGAAGGUGGAUCCUCUGUGUUUGCGCUGGGAUCCACCCUCGGGGGUUUCUUCAUCGGCCUCCUGGCGCUGCUCCUUAUCGUCGCGCUCUACCUUCGCAAGCGUAGAAACGCAGGCUUUGAACCUCUGAUAAAAGCCGACUUCACGACUAGGAAGUACACGGAGGAAGCCUAGAUGUCUAUCCACGGUGCAUAGCAGCGAGAGAAAAGAAACAAGAGGAAAAUAUUAAUUCUGUAGAUAUAAAUUGACAUAUGGAACAACAUCAUGAUAAUAACCAAGUACAAAUCUGACUGAAUGCACUGUAUGUGAACUUAUUCGGAAACCUGUACAAAACAGAAAAUGCAUGUUUUUAACAAAUGUUUAUUUUACCAGAACAGUACAAAAAAACACUGGAUGCAAUCACCUUUAAUUGCAUUGACUAGUAAGGCAGAUUUGCUCAUCUUCAUUUCAAUGUAACGUCAUAAAACAACAACUUGAAAAAAAAAAGUUGACCUAAAGUAUUUCUUUCCUUUUUUUCAGUUUCUUUUUGCAACAUUUCGCUGGAAAAAUAUGACCCAUUAAAGGCUUUGA